AUGACAAUCUUCCCUCGCAGACGCUCCCCUUUGCCCCUUUCAGCUGAGCACAACUGCAGACGAGUUCGUUGCCCACUGGUCGCUCGAAUGCCACCUCCAAACCCAGCACAGGAGAGACAAAGAAGCAGUAAGAUAAAUGCAAGUCUGGGUCCAAAUGAAUUUGGUCCGCAUGUUUCACAAAGCGCUUACGUGUUCUGGCACUACUACUGUGGAAACAAAGAAGUGACACAGAUCGUGUGGAGGUUUGAAGGGAGCACGCUGCAUAUGAACCGUAGGGAACUGUUUGUUUUGGCGGUGGCCGCGAUUCCUGUGCUCCCUGCGGCUUCUCCCCUGUGCCCACGUCCCUCCUCCUCGCCUGGGGUCAAGCUGGGACGUUCAAAACCAAACGCUGCCCCCCGUGUUUUGCAGGUAGAGGCAGAAGAGAGCAAAAAGCAGAGAGAGCUGCAGCUGGAGCAGGAAGAAAGGCUGGCAGCUGAACUGGCGAGGUUAAACCACGCGAAGCUUAAAGAUGAGAAGAUGAGGCAGCAAGUAAGGGAGAACAGUCUUGAACUUCGAGAGUUAGAAAAAAAACUGAAAUCUGCCUAUAUGAAUAAAGAGCGAGCUGCACAGAUUGCUGAAAAAGAAGCUAUAGAAUAUGAGAAAAUGAAACGUGAGGCAGAAAUAGCCCAAAAGAUGAAGGAAGAGUACGAAAGGGUAAUAAAAGAAGAAAGUUCUGCAGAGCUGAGGCGAAACAAGGAGAAAAUAAUGUAUCAGCAAGAGCUGGAGAAACAGCUUGAGGAACAAGAGAGGAAGAAGCAGGAUGCUUAUAAAGAGUUUCUAAAAGAGAAACUCAUGAUUGAUGAAAUCGUAAGGAAGAUCUAUGAGGAAGACCAAAUGGAAAAACAACUGAAGUUAGAAAAAAUGAGAGCAACUCAGACAUAUAUUGAAGAAUUUAAAAAAGAACAAGCUAUCUGGAGAAGAAGGAAACGGGAGGAGAUGGAAGAAGAAAAUAGGAAAAUCAUGGAGUUUGCCAACAUGCAGCGACAAAGAGAAGAAGAUCGGAGGGCUAAAGUUCGAGACAAUGAGGAGAAAAAACUAAGACUUCAAAGCAUGAUUGCCCAGAGUCUGGAAAGAGAACAGCAGAAGCGUGAAGAACUGGAACAAGUACGACAAGAGCUGUAUCAGGAAGAACAAGCUGAGACAGAUAGAAAGAAGGAGAUGGCAGAAAUUGAAAAGAGAAUAAGGCAACGUCUAGACUUGAGGCAAACAUAUGAAGAACAAUUUGCUUUAAAGAAGAUAGUGCAACAAGCUAUGCAAGAAGAGGAGGAAGCCUUCAGACAGGAGAUGUUAGCCAAAUUUGCAGAGGAUGAUCGCAUUGAACAGAUGAAUGCUCAAAAACGAAGAAUGAAACAGCUUGAACACAGGAGGGCUGUGGAAAAACUUAUCGAAGACCGUCACAAACAAUUUCUUGCAGAUAAAGAACGUGAACUUGAAGAAAGGCAGCUAGAAGAAAGAAGACAAGAAAACAUUCGUGUUAUUGUUGAAGAAGAGAGACAGAAACUCCUGAAAGAGCAUGCAUCUAAAUUAUUGGGUUAUCUUCCUAGAGGAAUACUCAAAGAUGAAGAUGACAUUAACAUGCUUGGUGAGGAAUUCAGGCUGGCUUAUCAGAAGAGAAGAGGCAAUACAUUCUCAGCAAAGAGCUGAAAUGCGCCCCCCCCCCCCCCCC